AUGCGUUCGACCGUCUUGGUCAGCUGGUUGAGCCUGGUCAGAACAGCUCAUACCAGCUCGUUCGACUCUCGGUUUCGGAUACAAGCCGCCUCGCCGAGCCUAGCCCUCUCCGCACCGUUCGCCGAUCGAGUCUCCACCGCCCCACUUGACCGAUCGCUUGAAUCGACCGUCGACCGUACUGCCUUGACAACUCUGCCCACGCCCUCCUCUGCCGAAGCCGAUCACGCACCACGAGUCGCGUACGAUGACCAAGAUUUCUACGAUCCUAGAAGACGAGGGGGGAGACUGCUGAAUGUGAGUUCAAGAGGAGGCACAGCGCUGCCCGAGUCUCCACCGUGACUCGGAGCUGCCGCCCCUACCUAUCGCCUGCACAGCCAAAGGCUCGAUUUCCGGGGAGGAAACCUCGCACGUGACCGCGGGACCCCAUUCAUCUUUGCACUUUGACGUCUUACGCCUGACCCAUCUUUGUUCAGCGAGUCAAUGACUGGAACGGCGAACCCUUGAACAUCAUCAUAUCCGCCCGAUCAUCGCCCGACGUGCUACGAGAAUCCGGCUUGAUCGCCUAUUCCAAAUCCCUCGGGUUGUGGAAGGAAUGCCUCGAUAUGCAUGGUGGGGGUGCACAGUAUGCUGAUCUGGGCGAUGGGGGAGGUGAGUAACUCAUCCAAGAACUCGGUUUGGGCACAGGCGGAGGAUGCUGAUCAUGGAUCGAGGACGACGACAGGUUUUCAACCCGAGCUUUUCGUGCUGAGGCAAAGCGACUGGCCCUUUGUCGGAUCCUGCGUCGAAUCAGUCGUCGGUCAGUUUUUCCCCCAGCACGGUAAGGUGCAGGUAACAUUCUCAGACAACAAUUGCGACUGUGUCGUUCAGGUGGUAAUCACUUUCGAGCAUGGAAACAAAAUGGCACCCAGGCCAACUCAGGUGCUUGGUUCCUCUCCGCUUCAAAAGAAAUGGUACGUCUAUCCUAGCUCACACCUUUCGGCUUUCAACUUCCUUCAAUUGGGGCGUAGUUGAUUCAUCCACGUACCACAGGACAUCCGAGGCCGCCACAAAAUCAUCCCCGAUGGGUACAACAUCGGGAGGGAUUUGAUCGUCGCUAAAGCGAUCGCUGGGACGAGGUAUAGGAGACGGACUUGGACCGCCGAAGUCGAGUGGAUAGAGGGGUUGCUAGAGCCGGGGAGCGAGGGUGAGGUUGUGUCACGAAGGGGUGGUCGGCCGAUCUCUGUACUGAUCUGGUUCUCCGUUCGUGCAGGAGUCAAUCAUGGCAUCGCUCAAGAUGGCCGAAUCGCGUUGCUCACCGUGACGGAGUUCUAA